CGCUCGCUUCAGACGCUGUAUAUCUCUUUCGUUUUUCCAGCCACGGAAAUCGGUGAACCGAUCUUUCUAUAGUUCGGAGAUUGGUUGCGUUUAUCUGUACUUUUUACCGCGGAUGGACGUGAACCCAGUCACAAUUUAGCCUAAACAAAACAAGAAACCUUGCGGAGUGAAUCUAUUGGGACUGCUGCUGUGCAUUCGGACCACCAAGAGGAUCCUUCCUCUGCGCGAUAUUUUCCUCCUAUUUGGAGAGGAAGGGUGUUAGUUUUCGAAGUGAAAUCUCAACAGUUGGUUUCCAUUUGGGACUCAUAACGCGUUGGUCUAGUUUGUCACACACUCCACGUCAAGUUACCGAUAUCUAAAACAAAGGGAAAAUCUACAAAGUGCCACGAUCAAGCCCGUCUCUGUGCAAUGCCACAGUUGUCACAUCGGAGCCCAGAUGAGGAAAAAACAAAAUCGUAGGCUAUAGCUUGCACUUCUACAGCACGCAUAUUUGCGCCGAUCACAUAGUGCUCUGACAGAAGCGGAAGAAGACUGAGAUACGGGAUAGUGGAUUUACCCGCUAGUGCAGUGUGAUUGUGUGUGUUGGUGAGCUGAGAGGAGCGCUCACUUAGACCAUCUCCCGCCGUCUGGUUGUCAUGUAGGCUACCUAACCGCCUGACUGCCCUCAGCAUCCGGUUUUGUGGAACAGAAGAAGUGGCCAACGGAUCAUGACUCCACUGUUUCCUUGGUAGAUAAUAUGCACUUCCGGGUCCAGACGCUCGUCCACUGAUGUUCAUCUCCCACACCUGGCAGAGAGACCACCACUCAAUACUACUACAAUACCCACAUUUCCUGUCUGCACAAAGUAAGGACUUAGGUGUUGAAGCCCUUAGGUGACUUGGACUUCCUUGUUGUACUAUUGAACUAUUUCCGCACUACGAGCCAGUUCUUAGUUUACAACUGUCACGCACAGUGAUCUUAGAGAGACAGUAGGCGAGCAAAGAGGAAAAACAAUCCAACAACGACAAAAUGGCCAACAACACGGCGGACCACCCUCCCGGGAACUCUGUUGCCGAUGGCAACCAGGAGGGGGACUUUGGCAUCACGGUGAUGGACCUCCGAGAGCUGAUGGAGCUGAGGAGUGGAGAGGCCGUCACCAAGAUAGCCGACUCCUAUGGAGACGUGCAGGGGGUCUGCCGCAGGCUCAAGACAUCGCCCAUCGAGGGUCUGUCUGGUAACCCAGUGGAUCUGGAGAAACGCCACGCGGCAUUUGGGAAGAACUUCAUCCCUCCUAAAAAGCCUAAGUCCUUCCUGGCGCUGGUAUGGGAGGCCCUACAGGAUGUUACUCUCAUCAUCCUGGAGAUUGCUGCCGUAAUCUCCCUGGGCCUGUCCUUCUACCACCCCCCUGGGGGAGAUAGCGAGCUGUGUGGUGAGACAGCGUCAGGAGUGGAGGAUGAGGGGGAGGCGCAGGCGGGCUGGAUCGAGGGCGCCGCCAUCUUGUUCUCUGUGGCAAUCGUUGUCUUGGUGACAGCGUUUAACGACUGGAGCAAGGAGAAGCAGUUCCGUGGGCUGCAGAACCGCAUCGAGCAGGAGCAAAAGUUCACCGUCAUUCGCAAGGGCCAGGUCAUCCAGAUCCCCGUGUCCGAACUGGUGACAGGAGACAUCGCCCAGAUCAAAUAUGGUGACCUGCUGCCAGCUGAUGGUAUCCUGAUCCAGGGCAACGACCUGAAGAUCGAUGAGAGCUCUCUGACCGGCGAAUCAGACCAAGUCAGGAAGUCCCUGGAGAAGGACCCCAUGCUGCUGUCCGGCACCCAUGUGAUGGAGGGAUCAGGCCGAAUGGUGGUGUCUGCAGUGGGUCUCAACUCCCAGACUGGAAUCAUCUUCACUCUGCUGGGGGCGGGAGACAGCGAUGAGGAAAAGAAGAUCAAGAAAGGUAAAAAACAAGGACCCCCCGAAAAUCGCAACAAAGCUAAGACCCAGGAUGGCAUUGCUCUGGAGAUCCAGCCCCUGAAGAGUGACGAGGCGGUUGAGUCUGAGGAGAAGGAGCCUGAGGUGGAGGUGAAACGGGUGAAGAAGGUUCAGGUCAACAAGAAGGAGAAGUCUGUGCUGCAGGGCAAACUCACCAAACUGGCCGUGCAGAUCGGGAAGGCAGGUCUGAUCAUGUCAGCUGUGACUGUGAUCAUUCUCAUCCUGUACUUCGUGAUUGACACGUUCGGGGUGCAGGGUCGCCCAUGGCUGAAGGAGUGUACCCCCAUCUAUAUCCAGUACUUUGUCAAGUUCUUCAUCAUCGGAGUCACUGUUCUGGUGGUGGCUGUGCCUGAGGGGCUGCCCCUAGCUGUCACCAUCUCUCUGGCCUACUCUGUCAAGAAAAUGAUGAAGGACAAUAACCUGGUGCGUCACCUGGAUGCAUGCGAGACCAUGGGUAACGCUACCACCAUCUGCUCUGACAAGACAGGCACCCUCACCAUGAACCGUAUGACCGUGGUGCAGGCCUACUUGGGAGACACACACUACAAGAAAGUACCGGAACCUGACGUCAUCAAACCAUUCACUCUGGAAAUCAUGGUCAACAGCAUCGCCAUCAACUCAGCCUAUACUACUAAGAUUCUGUCCCCAGAGAAGGAGGGAGGUCUGCCCCGCCACGUCGGCAACAAGACAGAGUGCUCCCUACUGGGCUUCGUGCUGGAGUUGAAGAGAGACUACCAGCCAAUCAGGGACGAGAUUCCCGAAGAGAGUCUGUACAAGGUGUACACCUUCAACUCGUCCCGUAAGAGCAUGAGCACGGUGCUGAAGAACACAGACGGUAGUGGCUUCCGCAUGUACAGCAAGGGAGCUUCCGAGAUCGUCCUACGCAAAUGUUCUCAUAUCCUGAACACAAACGGGGAGCCACGUAUCUUCAAGCCUAAGGACCGUGACGAGAUGGUGAAGAACGUGAUUGAGCCCAUGGCCUGUGACGGUCUGAGGACAAUCUGUGUGGCCUACAGGGACUUCCCUGCCGAGGCAGGAGAACCAGACUGGGACAACGAGGGCGACAUCCUUGAUGAGCUCACCUGCAUCUGUGUGGUCGGCAUCGAGGAUCCCGUCAGACACGAGGUACCUAAUGCCAUCCUCAAGUGCCAGAAGGCCGGCAUCACCGUGCGCAUGGUUACCGGGGACAACAUCAACACUGCCCGCGCCAUAGCAACCAAGUGUGGCAUCCUGUUGCCGGGUGAGGACUUCCUGUGUCUGGAGGGCAAAGAGUUCAACCAGCUGAUCCGUAACGACCAGGGAGAGGUGGAGCAAGAGCGUCUGGAUAAGGUGUGGCCCAAGCUGCGUGUGCUGGCUCGCUCCUCUCCCACUGACAAACACACUCUGGUCAAAGGUAUCAUGGACAGCACCGUCCUCGAGACACGACAGGUGGUGGCUGUGACAGGCGACGGAACUAACGAUGGCCCCGCCCUAAAGAAGGCUGAUGUCGGAUUCGCUAUGGGUAUUGCCGGUACAGAUGUGGCUAAGGAAGCAUCUGACAUCAUUCUGACUGACGAUAACUUCACCAGCAUCGUCAAGGCUGUGAUGUGGGGCCGCAACGUCUACGACAGCAUCUCCAAGUUCCUCCAGUUCCAGCUCACUGUCAACGUGGUGGCCGUCAUCGUGGCCUUCACUGGCGCCUGCAUCACACAGGACUCUCCUCUGAAAGCAGUGCAGAUGUUGUGGGUUAACCUGAUCAUGGACACCCUGGCAUCUCUGGCUCUGGCCACCGAGCCCCCCACCGAGUCCCUGUUGCUGAGGAAGCCGUACGGCCGCAACAAGCCCCUGAUCUCCCGCACCAUGAUGAAGAAUAUACUGGGUCAUGCCGUCUACCAGCUCACCAUCAUCUUCACCCUGCUGUUCGCUGGAGAGAACUUCUUUAAUAUUGACAGCGGGCGUAACGCGCCUCUUCACUCACCACCGUCGGAGCACUACACCAUCGUGUUCAACGUGUUCGUCAUGAUGCAGCUGUUCAACGAGAUCAACGCCAGGAAGAUCCAUGGAGAGAGGAAUGUCUUCGAGGCCAUCUACCGUAACCCCAUCUUCUGUAGCGUGGUUAUGGGAACCUUCAUCCUGCAGAUUGUCAUUGUCCAGUUUGGAGGAAAGCCCUUUUCCUGCACAGCUCUGAGCAUUGACCAGUGGCUCUGGUGUGUCUUCAUUGGAGUGGGAGAGCUGCUCUGGGGACAGCUGAUCACAGCCAUCCCCACCCACCGCCUGAAGUUCCUGAAGGAGGCUGGCCACGGUACCCAUAAGGAGGAUGUUCCCGAAAACGAGAUGAACGAGGGGGAUGAUGAGAUCGACCAUGCUGAGAUGGAGCUCCGUAGGGGACAGGUCCUCUGGUUCAGGGGCCUCAACCGCAUCCAGACUCAGAUGGACGUGGUCUAUACGUUCCAGACGGGUCAGGCUCCGGUCCCGGGGGCAUUGAGACGCCAGCCCUCUGUGGUCAGCCAGCACAACGACGCCAAAACUGUCUCUAGCCCCACCCACAUUAAGGUGGUCAAUGCGUUCCGUAGCUCCCUUUACCCGGGGCUAGAGAACCCAGAAUCCAGAAACUCCAUCCAUAACUUCAUGGCCCACCCUGAGUUUGUCCCCCUGUCUGAGGAGGAGGCGCAGAUCCCUGAGAGAGAGGAGUCCAGCAGCGAUGAGGUGGAUAUGGAGAUCCAGCCCAUCCCCAGCUCCUCGACUGGGGGGGGAGAAGCUCCAGACGUCAGCCACGAGACCUCCUGCUGAUCACCUCCUCUCUUCUCCUCCGCUCUGAUCUAUCCAUCCACCCGUCGGCCAGCUGGCUCCCCCCCUGCAGUUUCUCUCCUCCACCAUGAGGAGGACCAGCGGUGCGCCCCUCAGAUCCUUAGACUCAUCCCACAGAGGGUGCACCCAGAGUGGGCAAGGGGUCCCGGUCCCAGCGCCUCCACCUCUUCCCUCCACUUCUUGAACCCUACACCCACCUCUCACCUGACCACCCCCACCUUGCCAUUCUCAUCGGCUUGCACUGACUGUGUCGCGUGUGCCCUUUAAGUCUGUGCAGAAGAGUGACAUGCAGAGCAUCCAAUCACAUUGUGCCCCUAACUCAUGGGUGGGAAGGACCAUUUGGGGUCCACCAAUCUGCUCCGCCGAAGGCCUUAGCCUGUCCUUCUGUCCAUCUUUGGGGUUUUAUAUCAGUUUUGUUUUUGUUUGUUUUUUUAACCUCAGAGUAGCCUAGAACUGAAACGCUACAUGUUUAUCCUUCUGUACUAGCUUAUACUCUGCAUACACUAACUGGCACAGAACUUUAAGAAUAUACCCAUGUGUACAUUAAUAUUGUAGGUACAUACAUGUAACUGCCAAAAUUAAAGAAGACACUUAAGUGAGGGAUACAAAGUAUAUUGAAAGCAGGUGCUUCCACACAGAUGUGGUUCCUGAGCUAAUUAAGCAAUUAACAUCCCGUCAUGUAUACAAAUACCCAGUUGCCCAUUAUUUUGGCUUCCAUGGUUAGAAGAAGAGGCCUCAAAGGAGCAUAGGGGGUUUAAAGUGUGUGUACGUGUCUCAGUCCCUCGAUCUCAACCCAACUGAACGCUUAUGGGAGAUUCUUGAGCUGCGUCUGAGACAGCAUUUUCCACCACCAUCAACGAAACACCAAAUUAUGGAAUUUCUCGUGGAGGAAUGCUGUCACAUCCCUCCAAUAGAGUUCAAGACACUUGUUGAAUCUAUGCCAAGUCGCAUUUAAGCUGUUGUGGAAGCUCGUGGUGGCCCAACGCCCUAUUUAAGACACUUUUGGUGUUUCCUUUAUUUUGGCAGUUAACUGUAUAUAUGCUUUAUAGGCUCAACGCUCCAAGCUGAUUGGAUGAUCAGAUGUACAUGGCCCAUGUGAUUAACAGCUUUCAGCUACUAAGUUUCUCUUCUCUAUUUCUCAAUCUGUGUUUUAAUUGUACAGCAUGUAUGCAUUUGAUCUGUUUUGAAGCAAGAUGUACUAAUGGGUUGCUCAGUUCAAUGCAGGAAACCAUGUCUUCAUUGAUUCUGACACACUACAGCGUUUCAACAAUAUAGGUUCAAUCAUCUAAACAUCUCUCACUUUAAUUUGGUUCUUCUGGGUCCAUUUGACAUGAUUCCAUUAUGAUUUAUCCUGUUUUUGUUGAAGGACAGUGUAAAGAAUGCUAUGAUAUUUUAACAGAAAAGUGAAUUCUCUUAAAACAACAUUUUCAAAGUAAAGCUUGCAGCAGGCUAGAGCCAGGGGGCACCCACUCUCUGUGGAGCAGGGUCAUGGCAAGACGAUGUGGAGGUAUCUCCCUCAUCCGAUGACCUCAUCUUUAUCUCAUCCAAUCAGGGUUCUGGUUUUCCCCAGCCCCUUGAGAGUAAGUUGACAGCUUAUGAAACUGCCUCUAUGGAGUACGAUUAAGAACGUCAGAGUGAAGUGAAUGAUAUUUCACCCCCAUGGCUCGUAUGCAUGACGUAUAUCAUCCGUGUUUCAUCUGUGUUGAGUAGAAUGGGAAUUGAGAGAUGGGUUAUGUGAAACAUUAUUCGGGGUGGGGUUAAGACGUACGUAUUCCUGUGGACAGAAAUGGGUCAUUGUUUUUGCUUUAGUCUGUCUCAACAAAAAAAAUCCACAAAAAAAUGAAAAAGUCCACACAAAUACAUUCUCUGUACCUUAACAAGACAAAUCAAGUCCUCGUCUUACACUGUCGACGGAGGGGCGCUGGGCUUGUUCCUGUUAUCUCCGGUGUGAGUGUGUUGUAUGUUGUUAUCGAGCAUCACUGUGUUGGCUGCAGAGUGACACAGGGGACUAUCGAUCUCUCCCAUCAUGCCUCUGGGAGAGCCAACCGUGAGCGGCCCAGAUAUAAAUCCAAUAUCUCCCCCUCCCUCCUCACCCGGCACCGCUCCCUCCCACCCUCCCUCCUCCGGGCUGCUAGGAUAGGGACACAGCACAUCCCCCACAUCCCCACAUGUCAACCAACCACAGAUAAUGGUGUAACAAUAAGAGGAAUACUCUAACAAGAAGAAGAAGAAGAAAAAAAGACUCAACCAGAGAUGUGUAUGAGAGCUCCUGUAUUCAGUAGUGUAUGUUGUCGUCAGAGGUGUCAUGCCCGUAGGGGGCACAGGGGCUCGUGUGCCCUCAGAUUUGUCAUGUUUAAAAGAUCUUUUUUUGGGGCCUUUUUUUCUCUCUGUAAUACUACUAGGCACUUAGCAAUUUUAUAUAACUAGCUACCAAGAAACCAUUUCAGGCUAUCAAUACAGUUAGAGUAGCUAGCUUGUUGUCCUCUUAGCUGGCAUGCCUGCUGGCAAGGUUGGUAGACUUCAGAAAAGCAAGCAAUAACUAAAUGUACUGAAUAAGACUCACAUUCCUUUCAAUAUUAUACCAGAGAUGCAGAAAAAAAUAAAAAAUAAUUAUAUAUAUAUAUAUAUAUAUAUAUAUAUAUUCUUAUUUUUUUUUAAGAACCACAAGUCAGAAGGAUACAGACAGCUCAAUUGGUAUGCUUAAGUAUUCAGAAAAACAUACAUUUUGUUUUACAUAGAAUUAAGCAUAAUGAUUAUGGCUCUAGAUUACAGGAAAAAAGCUGCUUCAGAUGUUUGAAAAAUGCUAAAUUCUCCAAUUUAUGGUCGGUGGGCUUACCACCCCUCCGGACCACCCCCCCCUAGCCAUCCUCACGUACUUUGUGCCCCCUAAGAUUUUUGGGGUGCAUGAUUCCCCUGGUCAUUGUUGUAUAUGAUGGUAGAGAGAGUGUUAACUUGGGCUGACCCCCUUUUCCGCCUCCAGCCACCAACUCUGUGACAGAGAUUGUGACGCCCUCGACAGGACGUGUGCUAUCGAUUACCAGUAAUGUACUACUGCCAUAUUUUCAACCUUAUUUUCAUAUCUAGGUUGCUUACUUCGAUAGAACCCUCUGGUGAUACGCCUUUUCUACUUACUCAGAGCCAUAUUUUCUAGGUUGUCGUUGUUGUUUUGUAUCCCAUCGUUAUUGAGGUUUCCUUUCUAUUCCCCCUGACCAAAAAAAAAAACUACGACAAAAUGUGUCACUGCCGAUACAGUAUAUAAGUCAUGGACCACUACGAUGUUUACAGAACAUAGUCAGCCUGAUGCAGUAAGCCUGCUCGCGCUGCACUUCACUCCAACCGGCUAGUCUCCUUCGUUCCCUUGCUUUCGUGAGUCUUAGUACAUAGUUAUGGGGAAGCUUUCUUGCAUGAUUUUCAUAGAAAACUCAAUGUUUUGUUCAUUUUUUACAAUUCUUCUUCUGUAUUUUUAUAUUAAGUACUUUUUGGAAAUAUAUAAAUAUGUAUAGGCUGAAGAGUUUUGAUGACAGUACAGACCAUGAAUAAGAUCAAUCGACAGUGUAACAUGUUUUUGCCGUUCUAUAUACAGUAUAUUUAUGCCACAUUUGUAAACCAUGCUUGGUCGUCUGAUGCUGGGGCUAACUAAAUUAAAAUAAAUUGUUUACUCACUGUAGGUCAUGUGAUUGGACAUACUCUUUCAGCAAUCUAGUCUUACCGCCCCUUUCCCUUUCACUAUAUAUACAGUCUUAAAGAGAGUAUCUUCAAUUCUGCUAUUUCUUUCUAUAGCUUAAAGGGAUAGUCCGGGAUUUUGGCAAUGAGACCCUUUUAUCUAGAGUACUUCCCCAGAGUCCGAUGAACUCGUGGACACCGUUUUUUAUGUAUCUGCGUCCAGUAUGAAGGAAAUUAGAGGUGGUUUCGGGGGCUAAUGCUACAUAAAUUGUGCUAACACUACUUAGCAACUUCCUUCAAACUUGCACACAGAUACAUAAAAAUGGUAUCCACGAGAUCAUCUGACUCUGGGGAAGUAAAUAAAGGGCCUCAUUGUCAAAAUCCCGAACUAUCCCUUUAAAUCAAAUGUGGUCCAAUGAAAGUGAGUGAAAUAGAACAUGGUAAUAUACAGAACAUUGAAGAUUUGCUAAAUUAAUUGGGGGUAUAUAUAUAUAUAUUUUUUUUUUUUUUAAAUCUCUAUAUAAAUGUAUUUGUUAAUUUUUUUUCUGUUCUUUCAGACUAAUAUGACUGCGAGUUUAACUUAUUUUGUGAGAGGAUCGGUGCUCUCGGAUGCCUGUGUAGUGACGUUAGUCGACUUGUUAAAGAGGGCAUGAAUUUCAUCCAAAUUCAGCAUUACCCUUUUAAUUCUAAUGGCUUAGAACACUGUUUAUGGGAAGAGAGUAGAGCUGUUAAACUGGUAGUGACAUCACUUCCUCUUCCUGUUUUUGUCCAUAAACAGAAACUAGAUGCCUUCGAUGUGGUGUCCGCUCGACCAUUAGACAGUCUCAUUUUGGGGACACAUGUUCAAUUGGAAUCUUUUAUUUUCUUCUGACUUACUCUAUUUGGAAGACUGCGCUUAUACAUUCAGUAUGUGUAAAUAUUGUCAUAGGAUGAUGUUGAACUUAACUUAUAAAUCUUGGUAAUGAACAAGGGGCAACCAGUCAGGGAUCACCGAGCAUAGCUUUAAGAAUGUUCUGCCAAAGUCUUGCUUUGUACAAUCAUUGCUUUUUUGUCCUUUUUUUUAUUUUUGCACAGAUUGUUUUAAAUGACAAUUUUCAGGUGAAGGUGUUUUCCUUGUUUUCCAUCUUCCCAAAAUAGCAAAUGUUUUUGCAUGUAAACGUGGAGAGAGAAUACAAAGAGCUUGAAGCGUCACUAAGAUUGUCCCUCUUCUAUUGCCAUGGCCUUGGUUGUGCUGUUGUGAUCUCUUACUGGUUGCCCUCCCAUUCCAUCCCACAGGUGAACAUCUACUCCAUCCUCUAGAAACUCCCCAAUGUUUUUGUUUGUUGUUUUUGUUUAUUUGUACCUUGGCACAACUGUACAACAGAAGCAGACCAACAGGUCUGCAUGUCUGAGGUGGAGGGAGAACUAAAGAACGGCUAGACCGACCUGAUAAAGCCAAUGUUUGGUUUCUCUGAUGGAUAAGCCCACCGUGGCUUCUGACCAAUCUGUAAGAUCUGUUCCUUCUCAUUGCACAGGUCUCAAUGACUCAUGUAUGACAAAAUGAAAUUGCUAAGGCAUUGUGCAAUACCUGUCAACUGUAAUGGACUGCAUUGCUUCUCUAAAGCUUCUCUUUCUUAGAUAGCUUUUUAUUUCUUUAGAUUUGGGGGAUUUCUUUGGGGAAGCUUCUCCGCAGUUGUAAAUAAUAAAAAAAAAAGGUUUGAAAACUGGAAUAUCACAGUUUAAAGUCAUAACCCCUUAUUUUAUGUAGGACGAUAUUUACCCGAACCAGUUCUUGUGUUUUAAUACAUUUUCAAUUGUAUCUAAUUGAGAAAAGACCGAAAAAUAACUUUCUGUCAUUGAUAUGAUGCACAGUAAUAGACACUGGUGUUAUUUUUGUAUAAACAUAAUACCAUCUAUGUGGCAUGCAUGACGUAUAAACGAUUUUGUGGUUUAAAGCAAUAUGUCCGACCUGGUUGAUUGGUACUUUCGUGUUCUGUGUAGCUUAAACCACGCUGUACUAAAAGAGGAAACAAAUACCUGCAUUUGGGGAAAAAAAGCUAAGUGUUUAAUAUGUGUUCAAUGUUCUGCAUGGUUAAGUAUGGAAUGAGACAUCCCAAACGUUGACUUGCUUUCAAAACAAAACAUGCACGUACAAACCCGUACACAUUUUGACUCCGUUUCUGUCCCCCGUGAAACAUACACUGAGAGGAUGCUGCCUUGAAGAUAUGGAAUGGGUGGAUGUGUGAGUGAAUGGGACUUAAAUUCAGUUGCACAAAGAUCUGUUCAAUGAAGGGUUUUAUCUGCAGGUAGCAAGUCCCUGUUGGGUGCUUCAUCACUAGUGUUGAAUGAUUCCUACUUGGUUAUUAGCUAAGGUACUUCUUGACUGUAUCUUGUGUCUGUUCAUUCCAGUGUGUCUCACAGCAGCCAUGCAGUCGACCAUUCUACUUUACCCCAUCUCACCCCAGAGGCCUGACGUGAUAACCAACAAAAACGCCAUACACACAACACUGCUGUUUAUCAUGCAUAACGCAAUAAUAGUUUUGCAGUUAAUAUUCGUUUUAUUUAUCCAUGAGAGGAGUCAUUACUUUGAGGUUUUAUUGGCAUUUUAGAACAUUCCUAAAUCAGUACCCCCAUGCUGAAUCUAUUUCACCACCAAAUGAGAAGUAAUUAUGAUACCACGCUGUUCAUUGUUUAUUCCAUCAUCCAGCCACAGCCACGGAGAAUCACCCUCUACCAAGGUAGGCAUUUGCUCAUCAACUCAUUUCACACCUAUCACAUAAAUCGAUUUCCUCAUUGCCCUCCCUCAACUCUCCUUCUCUCCUCUCUCAUUCCAUCUCCAUCCAAGGACAGCGCUCAUCUGUCAGUGCCAAACAGCAGUCAACCUCUCUUCUAGCUGCAGCAUCUAGAUGCCUGAGAUUCUUUACUGGUUUAUUCAACAGUUCUAUCCAUUAUGGUAGUUUCUUUUUAGUUGACACUUUGUGGCUCGUACACAAAUCGACCACCAGAGUUGGUCUUUCUCCCUUUUGAUAUUUCGCUAGUUGUUUUUUCCUAGAAAGGCUGUUGCUCUGUCGGUGAGACCUGUGUGUUUGUCUCUGUGUGUCUUGGGGCCCCAGCUUUCCAUGUUGAUAGUCCUGCACCAUCUGCCCAGACUCGCUUAGAUUACCAGAGCUCAGAUCUGUGUGUGUGUGUGUGUGUGUGUGUCUGCGUGCAGUCACCAAGGGCUAUGGGGCAGAGCAGAGAUGUUAGAGGCCAUACGUCUCUUGUCUAGGUAAAAAAAAGUGGCCAACUUGCACCAGAGAAGAAUUCGAUUUCGGUAACAAAUGAAUGGUAUUCCGCUAGUGUCAAACGCAGCCUAGCUUGUCUCUUCUUCUCUACUCUGUGGGUUAAGCUGCUGGUCCAGAGGAGUAAGACAUAAGAGAGAGAAGGAGAGCUUCUCCUCUGUUCUGAGUCGGUGUCGUUUACAUCCCCAGCUACUGUGACCAUCACAGCUGUGCCUCGUCUUGAACACCGCUUUCAACUGGUGUCUCUCUUCAUAGCUAUGCUGUUGAAACUAGGCAGUUCCAUAGCCCGAGAGACAUUCUGAAUAUUUCUGUUCCCAAGGAGACCUGUCCGAGAAGGCGGCUGAUUGGUUGAUCUGAGCAUGUUGGAGUGACCGCGUUCCAUCACUCAUUCUGGUUGGCUUGGUGUGAACAUAAUUGUACAACCAUUUCAAAGAGCACUGUCUUGUUUUGUUAUCUUGAACUGUGUUAACACUGACAGCUUUUGAAAUGUGUUUUGCUAAUUUCUCUCGCACUUUGGAUGAGCCGUUGUUUCAUCACCCUGGCCUGUGCUGACGUUAAUGCAAUCAUGACUAAUUCUGACAGGCACUCGGCAUGGUUUGGCGUUAAAGUGAAAUGUGUUUUGGCUUCAUGGUCAUGUUCCCACAGCGCUGAGAUACUGAAACAGUCAGGCCUGUUGUUUUUGAUUGACGCAGGAGAAACAACCGCUGCAUCAAAGAUAAGGGAGGAAUUAAAUUGGCUGAAAUUGUUCAUUAAAUACGUUGCUGUGGUUCCUUGAAUUGUGUGUGUGUGCGCAUAAUAAUGAAUGUGCGAAUAUGUGUGUGAGGGUUGGUUUGUAUUGAAGCUCAUUUUCGGUGGGUACAGUAACGGUCUGUAACAUUUCUUGGAGGGCCUAUUGCGCAGCACUUCCUCAGUGUGUGUCUCACCUGACAAACACAACACACAUUCGCUGUACUCUCCAUAUCCCCCUUUUGUAAAUAAGAUUCAUUAUCAUUCUAAAAUGUCACCCAUGUUUGCUUCAAACUAUGCAACAAUAUUCUACAAUUAUAAUACUGUUGUUUUAGUUAUUUUCACAGUUCUUCUCUUAAAGGCCCAGUGCAGUCAAAUGUGAUUUUCUUGUGUUUUAUAUAUAUUUCCACACUAUGAGGUUGAAAUAAUAGGGGAGAGUGGGUUAAGUUGAGCCUUUUUUUAUUUUAAAUUUUACCUUUAUUUUACUAGGCAAGUCAGUUAAGAACAAAUUCUUAUUUUCAAUGACAGCCUAGGAACAGUGGUUUAACUGCCAGUUCAGGGGCAGAACGACAGAUUUGUACCUUGUCAGCUCGGGGGUUUGAACUUGCAACCUUUCGGUUACUAGUCCAACGCUCUAACCACUAGGCUACCCUGCCGCCCCAGCCUAUGGGGUAAGUUGAGCAACCCUUGUGUUAAGGAAAUCAUAAAAAUAAAAUAAAUGUAUAAUUUGACUAAAUAUUUAAGAAAGUCAUUUUGUGGAUUCUGUGAAGGUAGAAACCAUAUGGAAAAAGUGGUAAGCCAGUUUUUUUAAAACAACAGAUUUUAGCCAAAUCAAAUUAAUUCAUUGUGUCAGAGCAGCGUUUCCCAAACUAGGAGUCUUUUGAAAAUGGGGUCGCGAGAGAAACUCUGACAAUAAUCAAAACAUUAGGUCCGUAGCCUCCGGUAGCCGCUACAAGUAGUUGUAAAAAAACAGAGCCAUUUCUGUUUUCUUCCUAAUGUGUGUCUCUUUCUAACAGUUUAGAAAUAGUAUUUUGUUUCCCUCUAAAAUGCCCACAAUGACUCAGUAGAACAGAGUGGACAAGACCAGGCAAUAAGUCAGGCUGUUGGAAAAAGAAAAUCAUCAACAAUACAUUAUUUUCUACACAGAAGAUCACACAAAAGUAUUGCCUGAGGAUCUGAACUUCCCAAUACUUUUCUGAUGCAUUUAAGUCACUUCAACCCAACUUCCAGCAGAAUUAAAUACUUUCAGACUGAUUUGUAAUAGACUGUCAUAGCCCAAUUAGAAAGUUAACAUUGUCAAUUGAUUAAAUUAUUGUCUUCAUAUGGUGGGGUCGCGAUACAUUUAAAAUGGGGUCCCGGAACAAAACAGUUUGGAAAACCUUUUGUGUAGAGGUUUCAUGAUGCUUGUAUCUAAACCAAAGUAGAUCAUUUUAAGAUGUUUUAUACAUCAGUCUCUAAAAGCUACAAUAUGAGGUCCUAAGUCAAGCAUGAAAGUGCAUCCUUCUAGCUGUGUGGGCUAAUAUAGUCCAAAUGUGUUUGCCUUGGGGCAAGUUGAGCCCAUCGUUGAGCCAAUGGCAAGUUGAGCAAAUUGAAGUGUUUUCUUCCCAGGCAUAACCACUGGGAUAUGACGUCACAACGGUGUUUAAAAAGGCACAACGUUUUUCUGAGGUAUUAAAGCCUUUGUUUAAAGAUGCUUCAAAAUGACUAAAAGACAAAAAUGCGAUUUGUGAUUGUGUUGAGUUGUAUUUGGGAAACAAAAGAUAGCCAUGGUUUUAGAAAGGUAGGGAUAAUAUUUAAUUUAGAACAGAUAAUUGUAGGAGGUUUAACUUAUCCCAUAACCUGGAUAAAUUGUGCCAAGAGACCACUUUUUUGGAACAAGCUAUGUUUUAAAAACUGUCAUGUUUACAGUACAUUAAUUCUGACUAUUUCCAGGGAUACAUAACAUCCUGAAAUACAUGUAGAUAUCUUUGUUAGAAAGAAUACUAUUUCCUUGACAGAGUGGUGCUGAAUAUAAAAAAUGGCUCAAUUUACCCGUCUCCCCUACUGUGAAAUUGUGAAAAUGAUGAUAAUGACUGUUUAGUGUAAGAGCUGUUGAAAAGACCACCUGAAAUCUUAGGCUGUUUUGGUGGGAUGGAGUUUAGGCCUGCCUGGUGAUAUCACCAGUAAAUGAGAUUAAUAGACAAAUGACAGCUAGUUUUCAGUUUUCCCCUCCUCACUCAAACCACUCCCAGACAUUCCUAGCAAAAUUACUCUUUGCUAAGAAGCUAUUUGUACUUAUUUUUGACCAUUUCAAUUGAAAACAAUCCCCGUAAGGUACUUAACUGUUACUCUGAAAUGAUUUGCUAUUGAGAUAAAAACAGCUGCAUUGGAUCUUCUAACGCUCUCCUCCUCUCUCCCUCUCGCUCCUCUUUCUUUUUGUCUGUGUGCUUGUUUAUGUCUCAAUGGAUGCAGUUGUUUCCCAUAUUUCAAGUCUUUAUACUAAAAGAAAAUCCGGUGUAUUAUGUAUGUGUGCGCACGAUGUGCACGCACCCUGCAUUUUUCUUUACUCUUUUGUAAUAUAUGAUCAUGUGGAAUGCCUUGGUCUUUAUGUCCUGUUGUUUUGAAUUUAACAGAACAAAAAAAAUGAUAAUCAAGCAAUUGAGGUGAAAGUUAUUAUAAAUAUAUAUAUAUAUAAACAAAUCUAUAUACAUAAAAUAAAGCCAUUGGAAUUUGAAAUACA